UAUUAUUUUCUUUCAAGCAUUAUGAUUAUAAACAUUCAUCACAUUUCCAAAAGCUGCAUUGCUUUUCCCUAAUUUACUAUGAUCCCAAAUCCAAACCCAUCAUCAUUUUUUUUGUCUAACCUUUUCAUCAACGCCAAAGCAAAGCAAUCUCUGCUCUGUUUCCAGUUUAAAAACCUUGCAAAUCUCUGUCAGAAACACCAUCCCUCUCUCUCUCUCAGAGAACAAAAUCAAUGGCUACCCACAGAAAAAUGGACAGUGAAGAUCAAGAAACCUUGUUUCAUUCUUACCCAUGUGCUUACUACGUGCAAAGCCCAUCAACUAUUUCUCUUGCAAACAGUGCAGAGCUCAAAACUCACAAUCUUGAAUCCACGUUUCACUCUCCAUCAAGAUCAGACACCAAUGUUCUACUCAAUAAAAACCCUGAGGUUUCAAGAUUCACUCUCUCACGCUACUCCUCAUCUCAUGGUUCGAACAACUCUUUCUUGAAUGAGAAGAAGAUUAAUGGAGAUGAAAAUGGUGUCAGCCGUUUGAUCAUUGUUGAUGGGCAUGGAAAAGGUGGUUAUGGGGUGGAGGAGGAAGAAGAAGAUGACGAUGAAGAUUAUUAUUAUGGGAGAAAAGGCGGGUGGUGGUGGAGAUAUUGUUCUUUUAGAAGAAGUUCUUCUUGUGCUUGGGUUUCUUUGCAAAUAUGUUGGAGAUUAUUGGCGAGUUUGGGAGUUGCCUUGCUUGUUUUCUACAUAGCUACUAAGCCGCCGUCACCGAAAUUGUCUAUCAAGAUGGGAGGAAUCCAGCAAUUCGGACUAGGGGAAGGAGUAGAUGGCACAGGUGUUACAACUAAGAUCCUUUCCUGUAAUUGUUCAAUGAAUCUUCUCAUUGAAAACAAGUCUAAGCUCUUUGGCCUUCACCUCCAACCUCCAUUAAUGGAAAUGUUCUUCGGUCGCCUUCCUUUCGCUAUGUCAAGGGGAUCAAAACUAUAUGCUGAAAGCCAUGGGUCAACAUUGUUCAAAUUGUACGUGGGAACAAAAAACAAACCCAUGUAUGGAGCAGGAAGAAACAUGCAGGACUUGUUAGACUCUGGAAAUGGGUUGCCAAUUCUGAUCAGAGUCAGAUUGAGCUCUCAUUUUCGUGUGAUUCCGAAUCUUAUAAACCCAAAAUAUCAUCACCAAGCAGAAUGCCUGUUGUUCCUGGACAGCUCUUAUGAUAAGAAACAUCGGACCCAAGCUUAUAACAGCACCUGCACUGUGUCUUAAAUUAGCCCUUCUAGCUUCUUUGUUAUUUUAUUACAAAGAGAGUGUUUAUAAACAGAGAGGAUUGUGUAUAAACUGUAAGAAAAUUUCAAAGAAUUUAUGUGCAACGUCUGCAGAGAUGUGUCGUUUAGAUAAUUAUCAUGUUAUUUCAGUA